AUGGCGUCUGCAGCUCGCCCCCUGCUUCGUGGCGUUGUCUUCGACUUGGACGGCACGCUGACCGUGCCCAACCUCGACUUCCGGGAGAUGCACGAGAGAUGUGGCGUGCCAAUGAAGGAGGACCUGCUUGCUGCCGUCCGGCAGAUGAGCCCGGAGCGCCAGCAAAGUGCCUGGAAGGUCAUCGAGGAGAUGGAGGGCGAAGGGAGGCGCACGCUGGAGCUCGCCGAGGGAGCGCUGGAACUUGGCCGCUGGCUCCAAAGGCACGGCCUUCCAACGGCCAUGGUCACUCGCAACUCUGCGUCGACCGUGCGAUGGCUGCAUGACAAACUCUGGGGUCCGGCUGGCAUCCCUGCUUUCCAUCCGGCGCUGAGCCGCGAUGACGUGGAGCACGACAAGCCGCAUCCAGCGGCCCUCGAGGCAAUUGCGAGGGAGUGGAACCAUCCACUAGGCCCGGGGCUGCUGAUGGUCGGGGACUCCCCUUCGAAUGACAUUGGUUUUGGCAAAGCGGCGGGCGUGUCCACUGCUCUCGUGGACCCGAGGAGGAGGUUUCGUGAGGGCGACUCCAGCUACGGUGCGGACGUCGUCAUCGACAGUCUGCUUGAACUUCCACAGCUUCUUUGGAAAACCUUCGACAUUCCAGGCCCGCUGGGCUCCACCUCAGCGCAGACUCUCGCCAAAAAGUCGGAGCCUUUGCCAGAGACGGCCGCGUGUCGUGCAGCCGUUGAUGGAGACAUUGCAGCAUUGAAAGCGAUGGCGAAGGAGGACCUGCUGGCAGCGGACUCUAGCGGAAACACCCCGCUUGUUUGGGCAGCCGAUGCUGGGAAGGCAGAUGUGGUUGAGUCGCUGCUGGCAGCUGGCGUGGAAGUAAACGUGAAAGGCUACUUGGGCAACACUGCCGUGUCCCGGGCCUGCCGCCGUGGUCACGACUCGGUCUUGCGAGUUCUGUUGAGCUCCGGAACGGGCGUGGAUCUGGAUGAGCCGAACGAGAAAAUGCAAUCACCUCUUCAUUUCGCGGCAUUCAAGCAGAAGACUGAGGCUGUGAAGCUCAUGCUUGCCGCUGGGGCCAGCACCACCUCACUGGACCGGAAGGGCCGGACCCCCGCCGAGGACACGAGCGACCCCAACAUCCGUGAGCUGAUUCUCCAAGCGCGGGCGUCGCUUUGA